AGGCAGGGACCCACGAGGCGUCCGCGACGACGUCGUCGUCGUCCGUGGGUCGGUCGGUCGGUCGGCCGUUGGGAGCCGCCGCUGCCCUCUUGAGCUGCUCCAUGAGGAAGAUGCUGGCCGCCUUCGUCUCCCGCGUUCUGUCAGGCGUGGUCCGGAAGCCAGCCCGCCAGGUGCUGGUGGCCUCCUGCAACUACUCCAACGACGCGACGUUCGGGAUUAAGCAGUGCGAGCUGUACCGGCUGGAGGAGGGCCCGCCGGUGACGGCCGUGCUGACGCGGGAGGACGGGCUCAAGUACUACCGCACCAUGGUGGUGGUGCGCCGCAUGGAGCUGAAGGCCGACCAGCUGUACAAGCAGAAGUUCAUCCGGGGCUUCUGCCACCUGUGCGACGGGCAGGAGGCGUGCUGCGUGGGGCUGGAGGCCGGCAUCCGGCCCUCGGACCACGUGAUCACGUCGUACCGCGCCCACGGCAUCUGCUACACGCGCGGGCUGUCGGUGCGCGCCAUCUUGGCCGAGCUGACGGGCCGGCGCGGCGGCUGCGCCAAGGGCAAGGGCGGCUCCAUGCACAUGUACGCCACCAACUUCUACGGCGGCAACGGCAUCGUGGGCGCGCAGGGCCCGCUGGGCGCCGGCAUCGCGCUCGCCUGCAAGUACAAGGGCAACGACCAGGUGUGCCUGACCAUGUACGGCGACGGCGCGGCCAACCAGGGCCAGAUCGCCGAGGCCUUCAACAUGGCGGCGCUGUGGAAGCUGCCGUGCGUCUUCAUCUGCGAGAACAACCGCUACGCCAUGGGCACGGCCGUGCAGCGCGCGGCCGCCAGCACCGACUACUUCAAGCGCGGCGGCUUCAUCCCGGGGCUGCGCGUGGACGGCAUGGACGUCCUGUGCGUGCGCGAGGCCACCAAGUUCGCCGCCGACCACUGCCGCUCGGGCAAGGGGCCCAUCGUGAUGGAGCUGCAGACCUACCGCUACCACGGCCACAGCAUGAGCGACCCCGGCAUCAGCUACCGCAAGCGGGAGGAGAUCCAGGAGGUGAGGAACAAGAGCGACCCCAUCAUGCUGCUCACGGACAGGAUGGUCACCAGCAAGCUGGCCAGCGUGGAAGAGCUGAAGGAGAUCGAGGCCGAGGUGAAGAAGGAGAUAGAAGAGGCCGCCCAGUUCGCCACGACCGACCCCGAGCCGCCCCUGGACGAGCUGGGCCACCACCUCUUCAGCAACGAGCCGCCGUUUGAGGUCCGAGGCGCAAACCCGUGGAUCAAGUACAAGUCCAUCAGUUAAGAGGGACGCCCUGUGUGAAUUGAGCGUCAGUCCCUCGGUGGAAGGAUCUGCUUUAAGAAACUGUCGUCUCAACUUUGCCAAGGAAGGAACAACACUCCUAAAAAAGGAAAACCUCGUGAAUUUGCGUUAAAAGAGAGUAAGAGAUUAUUCAAAGAGCUUGAAAGACGUACAUUCCAUGCAAAGUAUAUUUACGUGUAUUCUACAUUGUCAUAUUAAAACCUGCUGUGAUUGUUUAGUAGUG